AAGAGGAUCUAGAACUGAGCAUAGUCCCUUAUACAAGAUGUCAGAUAAUAUUUUAGAAUGGCGUCGCGGAAGGACCCCUGAUUUCUCUGUAGCUCCAUGGCUACCAUUUACCAUUGAGGGAAAUCGCCUUCUUGUUAAAAGCCUGUUUACCAAGACAUCAUUCACUGUUCUGGUGUAUGACUAUACAACCAUUUGGAUAGAACAAGGCAAUAAAGAGGUUGUCCUCAACACUGCAAAGGUAUGUAAUCCAAGUGUAGAGGCUCCUCUCAGUGAACUAUUGCAGCAUCUAAGUGAUCUCCUUCAAGAAGUUAAACAAUCUGUAAAGUAUUCCUUGCAGUACAAGGAAAAGGACAGAAGAAAAGAACAUUUGAAGAUUCAUUUGACAUCUAAGUUACCUCAAGGAGUGCCUUUCAAAUGGACACUUUCUCUCUCAAAAGCUAAUGAUGAAAUGGCUGCUUCACAUCUCACCAAUCCACUUCUCAUCUUGGUUUCAGAGCUGAUGAGAAGAGAGAAAGAGUUACACAGACUCAUAAAGAAAAAAGAUGAUGAGAUUGAAGACUACAAAAUGGCAGGAGCAAAGGUCUCAAGAAAGAACAAACUGACUACAGUAUUUGAAGGGAAAUCAUUUAAUCAGGAUAUGAUCGGAUCAAAGGCAUUUAGAACAGAGAUUGAAAACAAUGGUGAGAGAGCUUUCAUUGAUCAAGGGCAAGACCUCUACAAAGAAGUAAUGAUCACUAGAGCAUGGUUGAAACGACCUUUAGAUGCAGAGGAAGUUAGUGACGAUGAAAUACCUGAUGAUGAUGCUGACCCUCAUGAUGCUGCUCUUGCAUGGGUUUCACGUCUACCAGGUUCAUUGGUUGGUGAUGUGUCUUCUGAUACCUUGUCACCUGUUAAAUCAUCUCCUUCUAAAUCUCCUGUAAAACCAUCUCCAGGAGAAUCUGCACAGGACAAUGAACUAAGAAGAAGAGAGGCAUUGGAAAAGAGACUGGCAGAAGAAAAAGCAAAGUUGCAGACAAAGAAAAAGAAAAAGAAGCUUUUUUAAUUAUUCUAAUAUUAUAUAAAUUUACUUUAAAUAGGUUCCUUAAACAUUGUACUUAGAUAUUUUUUUAGGAAAGGGAAAAUUUGGGAUUUCUAAAACUGCCUGAAAUGUAUUUUUUUUAAUGCCAUUUUUUUUAUUAUCUAUAUCCACCAUAUUGAACAAAAUGCAUCAUUUUAUGUGGCAAUAUGCUAAAGAAUGUUACUGAAUACAUUAUGCAUAUCUAUAUAAUGAUAAUGUUUAUCAUCAGCAGCAGUGGAACCGGGGGGGGGGGGGCAGUGGCCCCACAACUUUUCUCAAUAGCACGCUUACAUAAACUUAAGUGCUGGUAGUUUGAAAACAAGCAUAUGAACCUCUGCAAGCUUGCAAAUUUUGUCAAAAAUUACAUGGAUGUUGAAUAAAGUGCAGCAUUUAUUGUACUUCUCAGAUUUGUUAUAGAAAUUUCAACUUAUUUAGAUUAAGUUUUUGUCAUCUUUCAUACAAUUUGAAAGAAAUGAAAGUGCUGCUAGCCUUAAAAGGGCAAAUGAAUACUAGUAUGAAUGAAUUCUCCAUCUUCAGUAUACAAUUCUGAACUAUACUAUAAAAUUUGAUGAGAUUUACACGGAUUUUAACUUGAAACAUGUCACUCUUACCAAUUUUCUCCAUUUGGAAUAUCUGUAACAGUCCAUGACAUCUGGAUUGGUCACAAUUAAGACUGCAUGUGCCUUCUGUCUUUCAUUUUCCACAUCAGGUAGUAUCUCAUUUACUUGGGCUUCUUCUGGCCACCAUAAUUGUGGCUUGCUCUGAAAGUCAGGUCCAUGUUGCCAUCUGCUACGUUCUCAACUGAUCAGCCUUUAACCCUCUAGUUAGAUCAUCUGCAUUAUUGACAUCACCUGGUAUAUGUUGACAUUGACUGGGAUCCAUUGAGCUUUGAAUUUCACCAACUCUGGUGGUGACAAACAUCUUGAAACUCUUGGAAUUCUUUUGCAGUCAAUCCAAUGGGGUGAAAUAUACAAGCUAUUUCACUCAGGAUAUCUCUUUUAGUCAUUUUUGUUGACUGAACUCCUCCCUCAUUCACCUUGACUUGUAUGAAAAAUGUCAGUAUCUCUUCGAUCACUCCAAGCACCUUCUCAUCACUGAUUAUAUCUAACAGCUUGGGCUUGCAUCCAUCUCAUCUAGUCCUCUGGAAAAAACUUUUGUUUGACAUCCAUCCCUUCACCUUGAACCCUCCAUCUGCUAGUACCUUGUCAAUGUCUUGACUUAGCUCCUCCACUUCAGUCACUGUGGCUACUGAGACACAAAUAUCCUCCAUACAUGUGUUUUAUUUCAAUGCACAUGCUGCUAUUGGGUACUCCUCCCUUUCCUCAGUGGUUUCCUCGGAGCCAUCUGUGCCAAAGCUGUGGCUUGGUUGUUACCAAAAGUGACUACUUUCAUUGCUUAUACAUCUGGUUUCUGUUCUUGCUUCAUAUUUCUCCAAAGGAAUCAGUGAACGUGUUGGUCAUUUUCAUCACUCGAUAGUACAUCUUUGAGAUAUCUGCACACAGGGCUACUUCAUGCUCUCUAAAUCUCAAAAGCUCCCCUAACAGACUGUUAAAGCAUAUCAGGUCAAUUCAACCUGUAGUCUUUCAGUGACAGCCCUGGACAUUUUGCUGAGGAUUUGGACACAAUUCUAACGGGCACGCUUUUCUUCUGACUACUAUAUGACUGUUGUCUACACCUGAUGUCCUGUUCACUUCCUUUAUCAUGUAACUUUUUCUUACCAGAUGCACUAGAUCACAGAAUCUUUUUCUUUCAGAGGGCAAAAUUUCCCUAGGUUGUUCACAAUCGCAUCUGUCACAAAUCUAGGAUCACCAAAAAUCGAAUUGAAGUAAGCCUAUGCUGUAUCAUGAUAAUUGCUAAUACCUCUAUUCAGAUCUAAUAAUUUCCCUUGGAGACAAGUGCGCAGUAUUUUGAUAGCUUUCUGUUUACUGUAUAUGGUAUUAUUCAGGUGGUGGAAAUCAGAUCUGAAUGUAAAGUAGUCUCUAACAUUUCUGGUGAAACAUGGAAGUCUUGGUCUUUUCACUUAAUCUGGCAUGCGUUAGCACCAGCUGUAGGGUUGGAAGAUAACAAAUCACUGACUUUAUGAGAUGUGGAGCUUUUAGUAUCAUCCACAGCAUUUUGCUUGGGCUCCAGUUGAGAUGCUUCAGCCUUAGAUUUCAUGAAAUCCUUCACUUUCAUCUGGAUGUCUAAAUACCCAUUCCUCCAAACAGACAUCUUCCAUCUCAAAUUGCUUAUUAUCAAUUACUGUUUCAGAAUAAGCCUCAUGUUUUAUCCUCCAAGUCCUGAUAGGCAACUUGUGAAUUAUUAAAUCACUAGUUUACCUCGUCAACAUCUCUGUUGCCAUCCAACAAUAUCUGCAAGGUGUUGCUUAUACGGUUGACUUUGGCCUUUGCUGUUGGCCUUUGCUGUCUACCUCUGAAUCCUGAGUUCUUAUCAGGUUCAGUUGCUAUGACUUGAUCAUACCCUCAUCUGUUGCUUAUCCUAGGUCAGCAUUGGUAGAAAAUGAAUACAGUGGAUAAGUGACAAUCGGGGAUUCAUCAAAUAAUUCAUCAAAUAGAGACAAAGUGAGUUUGUCUCUAAAUUUCCUCAGAGAUCACAGACACCCGAACCAGCAUGUUUCUAUGUGAGCUAACUAAAAUGUUUGCUUUGUGUCAUUCAGAGCAAAUAAAACUAAUUCUUACUUAGAAACAGUCACUACCCUACAUUCUUAUGCUGCCUGAAUAAUGGAUGAAUAAUUCUGUCACAAAUUAAUAUCAAAUGCAUGCCAUAGAUAGAGACACCAAUGAAGGAAAACUCAAGUUGUUGAAAAGGUAAACACGAUUUUUGUCAGCUUUCAAACUCUUUUUUUUUUAAUAUUCAUAAAGAAGAAAGUUAUUAUAAAAAGGCCACUGCAAAGGGCAGCUCUUGAGAUGCCCUCACAUUCAAACUGUGAUAAUAAACUUUCAUUUUAUUUAUAUGAUAGUGCAGAUACUACUUUGCAAGAUAGAAUUAAUUCUGAUCAUUAUGGUGUUUCCAAUAUCUUAAAGCAUAGAUAAUUCUUUGAUGCAGUUUAACGAACAUUUCUCAACCACUUUGAGAGAGUUUCAUUUACAAUGCAAUAUUACAAUUGAAGUUAUGGAAAGUGGGGUAAUAGAUUCUUAAUUUCGUAGGAAUCCUAACAGAAUAAAAUUUAUCAUUCUCGUUAAUAAAUGGUUUUAAUGAUCUUUUUACCAUCUUUGUAACCCUAUUCAGUACAUUUAAUGUAGGUUGAAUAAUGUAUUAUUGUAUAGGGUGAUUCCAUACGUGUCGUACGGGACAUUUAGAGAACAUUUGACAGAUUUUCGACAUG